AUUGACGAGGACAGGGAGGGAGAACGCCCUGCUGCUUCAGUGCUCCUCAGUCCGCCGCAGCCGCGCGACCUUCCCACCUUCCCUUCUGCCUCCGGCGCUUGUUCUUCGAGGCCUCGCGGGCCCCCCCAGCAUGAAGCGGGCACCAUGGGCUUUCUGGAAAACUACCAGGAGAUCGACCCGGUCACCCUGAACCUCUGCAUCCUCAUCGCCAGCUACGUGAUCCUGCUCCUGGUCUUCCUCAUAUCGUGUAUCAUGUACGACUGCCGGGGCAAAGAUCCCACCAAGGAGUACGCCCCGGACCCGGUGCCGACCCAGUCCCCCGUCAGGCUGGUGGUGAUGCAGACCUCCCCGGCCAUGAAGGGGCGGUGGGACGCGGCCAACAUGAUCACAACCUACCACGAGCCGGCGGAGUCGGACUUCAGGGAGAAGAAGAGCACGAUGGUCUGAGGGAGCUCGUCGGGACUCACCUUUGUACAUAAAAUACUUUCUUUUUUUUCUUUUCUUUUCUGUGCUUACGCUCGUCUCCACCAUCUCCCCGGGAUUCUACCUGCGCGGGAUCAGA